AUCUAUUACCCCUACCCCGAGUAAGAAAUCGUAAGAAAUCCUUGACCCCCACCCACCCCAAAAUACCUUACGUAAUUUAUGGACGGCCCCUAAUAGGAAUGGGGAGGAGGGCGGGUUGUAAAAACUGAACAUAUUCAUUAGAGAGGUUGCGGACAAAGUUCAAACGUUAAACAUGUACGGCAAGCAGAAGUACACGUUUGACGUUUGAACUCCAAGUAAAACACGUUGCGCCACACGUUCACGUCGCGCACUGAUUCGUGGGAUAUUGUUGAAAAAUGGCGGAAACGUUUAACAACGAUGAAUGUUACCAGAGAAGAUUAAUACUCAAACCGCACCGACCUAUAUAACUAACGUGGAAGUAAACUCGCAAAGGCCGAAUUUAGAUACAUAUCGGAAAAUAUUCGGAUGUUCUGUUUGUUUAAUCAUUUUUGGAUUUUUUUUCUUAAUCUCGGGAUCAAUUGUGACAGGAUCUUCUUACGAUUCUCGAUUUAGCGAUCCUUUCUUUACAAGAAAUAAUCCGUUGCGGCAAGUGGGACCAACUUUGUUGGCUUUUGGAGUACUUUUCAUCGUAACAUCAAUAAUUAUUUGCUGUAUAGCAAAAAUUAGUAUGAAGAGGGUUUUAAAUCGACAAAAUGCUGCUCCUUCUGCUCCUCCUCUUCCAUAUCCUCCAGUCGAUUUCAGAUCUCAGAUGUUGGAGAACGAUACUUCUCGUAAUCCACCUUACGUGCUUCCAAUCGAACGUCGUGGAACCAUCGAUGAUCAGCCACCGUGUUAUCGUUGUGUGAUGCAAAAUAUUAAACCUUCGGAUUGCAGACAUUACAACUAUGGUGCAUGUUGAAUUGUGUGUCCAACAUUAGAUCUUGAUUUGACGGCGUGACAAUGACCAGAUGUGUGGUCAUUACACGGGCACGUUUCGUAAGGAACCGGCCGAAUUUGCAAUGAUUCAAAAAUUAAUAAACGAUAAAAUUUUCAAAACGGGUAUUCGGCAUCGGUCACAAUCAAGUAAUUUUCGCUUUCCCGAUACAUUAAAUGACUUUAAGUGCUACGAAAAUUUCGGAGAAGAUGUGAAGAGAAAAAACAUCUGAUUUAUGUUUACGUAGAUUUUGUGCACGUUAACACUGAUUUCAAUUAAAUUUUCUGUUUUUAUAUAAAAAUCUAUUUAAGGCUGAUUGUAACCUUUUGAGUUACGCACGCGAUUUACAUUUUAAUACGCCAAUAAAUUAUUAUGUUCGUGAAAUUAUGAAGUGUUGUAACUUAAUCAUGUCUUUAAAUUAAUUAUGAGAAACUUCAACUCUAACGGUACAUGACUCACAUUUAUUUCCGUUUUAGUUGUUGUCUAACGAAUAUGCAGAAUGGCGCAAAAGUUAGUUAACUGGGAGAGUAAUUAUUUCGCGAUAUUUUCACUAGCAAGUAAAAUAUUAUCGCAAUUAAUCCAUUCCCAAUUCUGGGAUCGUGUUAAUAAGUUAAGUUAACAGAUCUUGACUUUGAAUUAAUUCUUGUUCUUUUAUAUGUACUAAUAAUAGUCUAAUCAGCGACCACUGGUUGAGUUUUUCAC